AUGAAUCAAUUUCGUACCGCUUUAAUCAAAAGAUAUUACGCUACAGGUACAGAUCCUGUUACACAUGACAUGGGGAACAAACAGACCAUACAUUUGACUAGUAGAGGACCGGCUAGUAGUCUUAAAGUUUUAGGAAAUAUUACUCUUGUUUGUGUCGGGUUAUUUGUCGGCUUCCAAGUUUAUAGGCAUAAGUUGAUUGAAAAGACACAGAAAGAAUGGGAAGAUGAAUUCAAUAAGCUGAAAAUUCAAAGUACGGGUGAAAAGGAGCUUGACCAAGGCAUUCUGAAUCCAAAAGUUAAAAAUAUUUACCAGCAACAUUGA